AUGAUAAGUGGAAUUCGCGUAAAUGACAACUGUGUUACAGAGUUUAAUAACAUGAAAAUUCGAAAAACAUGUAGAUGGAUGAUAUUUGUUAUAGAAAAUUGUGAAAUUAUAAUUCACUCCAAGGGAGAAACUACAUCAUUAAAAGAACUUGUUGAUUCUAUUGAUAAGAAUGACACUAUUCAAUGUGCAUACGUCGUCUUUGACGCUGUUAACAAAAUUCACUUCUUUAUGUAUGCACGGGAAACCUCAAAUUCUCGAGACAGAAUGACAUAUGCAUCUAGCAAACAAGCUUUAUUAAAAAAAAUCGAGGGCGUUAAUGUUUUUACAUCGGUUGUUGAAAGUGCCCUAGAUGUUGCCGAUUUUAAAUAA